CGGCGCCCGCAGCCGCGCGGGGCUCUGCGUUAGCGGCGGAGGCUGCGAUGCCCGAGCCGCCGCUGCCGCCUCCCGCCGCCGCGCAUCCUCCCGCCGCCUGAGGACGCGGCCGCCUGCGCCCCCGCGGAGGGAGGUAAUCUGGCUUCCCAGAAAUCUUCUACUAAAUGCAAGGGUUUGCUGUCCUGUUUACUGACUGUUACACCUGAGGCUGAUUUUGAUACAGAUUGUGGAUAUCGUAGGGCCGGCUCUCGCGUUCCCCCUGAGCCGCAGCCGCCCUCCGCCGCCAUGUCACGGCACCACAGCCGCUUCGAGAGAGAUUACCGGGCCGGCUGGGAGCGCCGGGACUGGAGCUCCAACGGGAACCAUGUGGGCAGCACCAGCUGCAGCAGCGCCGCCAGCACCACCAGCAGCUCCCGGCCCGGGCUGCUGCCCCUGCCCAUCGUCCCCUCGCGCCUCCCCACCCCGGCCACCGCCGCCUGCACCACCGGCAGCAGCGAGGUCAUCACCAGCCUGGUGGCCAACUCCUCCCCAGCUUCCAGUACCAAAUGUCGUGCGCUGAUGUCCCUGGUGUCCUGGAGCAGCAAGUGUCGCAGCCGGGACCUUGGUUCGAUACCUCAGCUCCGUUCCCUGAUGUUCUCGCUGAGAAAUGAAGGCGGCUGGACACCUUGCAUUUCCAAGACUGAAAAUCAGCCUCAAGGACUUGCAACAAGCGUCAGGUGGGGACAGACACCCAUCAAUCAGUCCACGCCCUGGGACACUGAUGAACCUCCAUCUAAACAGAUGAGGGAGAAUGAAAACCCAGGUGCAGCACCCUGGGUCACCACGGUGGCAGCGGGCAGCCAGCCCGCCCUCAUCACGCACUCCUACGGGAUGACACAGCCGCCCACCUUCAGCCCGGCCGCCAACGUCCAGGCCCCUGUCAUCGGCGUCACGCCCUCCCUGCCGCCGCACGUCACCCCACAGCUCCCACUGAUGCCGGGCCACUACCAGCUCCAGCCGCAGCCCUCCCAGCCCCUCAGCAACAUGGUGGUCAACCUCCAGAGCCAGCCCUUGUACACCAACAGCCAGCCCCUCAGCAUGUCCUCCAUGAGCGGCGUGGGCCCAGUGGCCCACCCGGGCCCCGGGGCGGUGGGCAAUGGCCACCUGGCCUGCCCCAUGCUGCCGCCGCCGCCGCCGGCCCUGCCCCCGGCCGCCCUGCCCAGCAGCGCGCCCGCCACCAACGGGCAGGCGGCCGCCCCGCUGCCCCCCAGCGCGGCCGCGGUGGGCGGCCCGGACAACACCAACGGGGUGCAGAUGUUGCGGACGAUCGGCGUGGGGAAGUACGAGUUCACGGACCCCUGGCACCCCAAAGAAAUGUUGAAGGAGUUGAACCAGCAACGCAGAGCGAAAGAGUUUACAGACCUGAAAAUUAUUGUUGAAGGCAAAGAGUUUGAAGUCCACCAAAAUGUUCUAGCUUCCUGCAGCUUGUAUUUCAAGGACCUGAUUAAAAGGUCACCACGAGACAGCAGCAGAAGUGGGGAGAAGCUGGAACUGGCCAUGUCCAACCUCACUGCGGAUGUCCUGGAGUUACUCCUGGAGUUUGUUUAUACAGGUUCUUUGAUCAUAGAUUCAGCCAAUGCAAAAACACUACUGGAAGCUGCCAGCAAGUUCCAGUUUCAUACUUUCUGUAAAGUCUGCGUUUCAUUUCUAGAAAAACAGCUGACUGCUAGCAACUGCUUAGGAAUAUUAGCCAUGGCUGAAGCCAUGCAGUGCACUGAACUAUACAACAUGGCCAAAGCUUAUGCCCUGCAAAUUUUCCCAGAGGUGGCAAACCAAGAAGAGAUCCUUAAUAUCUCCAAAGACGACUUCAUUUCCUACAUGUCCAAUGACAGCCUAAACACCAAAGCAGAGGAGCUGGUGUAUGAAACAGUGAUAAAGUGGAUUAAGAAGGACGCCGCCAUCAGAGCUCAGUAUGCUGCGGAGCUGCUGGCAGUGGUGCGGCUCCCCUUCAUCCAUCCCAGCUAUCUGCUGAAUGUUGUUGACAAUGAGGAGUUGAUAAAGUCUUCAGAGGCUUGCCGGGAUCUGGUGAACGAAGCCAAACGUUAUCACAUGCUGCCACACGCCCGCCAGGAGAUGCAGACACCGAGGACCCGGCCCAGGCUCUCUGCAGGAGUAGCUGAGGUAAUAGUCUUAGUUGGGGGUCGCCAGAUGAUUGGCAUGAACCAACGUGCUUUAACAGCAGUCACUUGCUUAAAUCCUCAAAACAACAAGUGGUACCCAUUGGCCAGCCUGCCUUUCUAUGACCGAGAGUUUUUCAGCGUGGUCAGCGCUGGAGACAACAUCUAUCUCUCAGGCGGAAUGGAGUCGGGUGUCACGCUGGCUGAUGUCUGGUGUUACAUGUCCUUGCUCGAUAACUGGAACCUCGUGUCCCGCAUGACAGUCCCAAGGUGUCGACAUAACAGCCUGGUGUACGACGGGAAGAUUUAUACCAUCGGAGGGGUUGGUGUGGCAGGCAACGUUGACCAUGUGGAAAGGUACGACACCAUCACCAACCAGUGGGAGACCAUCGCCCCCCUGCCCAAGGCCGUGCACUCGGCCGCGGCCACCGUGUGCGGGGGCAAGAUCUACGUCUUCGGAGGGGUGAACGAGGCCGGCCGAGCCGCGGGCGUCUUGCAGUCCUACAUCCCCCAGACCAACUCCUGGAGUUUCAUAGAGUCCCCGAUGAUUGAUAACAAAUAUGCUCCUGCAGUCACUCUCAAUGGGUUCAUCUUUAUUCUUGGAGGAGCUUAUGCACGAGCAACCACCAUCUAUGACCCAGAGAAAGGCAAUAUUAAAGCAGGUCCCAACAUGAACCACUCCAGGCAGUUCUGCAGGAGUGGCUAAAGGGAUCUGGAUUUGGAUGCCCAUUACCUUCUCCCCAGGCAUUCUACUGGAGAGGUGGAGGUCUGGCUGCUCCACAGCCAGGGAAGUCACUGCCCCAGAGCCAUCAGGGUUUGUGUCCCUGCAGCAAGGCUGUGGCACAGAGCUUCCUUCCUUCCUUCUCAGGCUCUGACAGCCUGUAAUCAUUUUAUCUCUCUGGAUUAAUGGCACCAAGCAAUAAACUUGCAUCGUAAUUAUUGUAAUUAUUUCUUUCUUUGUAUGUCAGCCUUGGUAACGAUGUUUUUACAGCUGAUAGGAUGGAAGGGAGGGGAGAAACGAAAUAUUGUCACAGUAAAGAAGAAAGAGCAAUGAGCAUACUCCUUUCUACUCACUUUUCUUAAGGUUUUAGAACCCACUUGAGUUUUCUGUUCUCUCAGGUCCCAGAAAUUAGCAGUGAUUAUCCUAAUACUACAAAGUAGCAGCAAUUUAGGAUUAAAUUCCUAAUUAUCUUAAGCACCUACCUGCCACUUUAGCCCCAGAGAUGGCUGAAUGUCUCCAGAGUUCUCUGUUCAUAUCAGGACCCACUGUGUGCUCAGAACUGCCUAUUUCUUCAUGGCAGGAGCAGCUCACUGCUUUGCUUAACCACAGGCACGGCUCACAAGUGUUAUGCCAGUCUCAUCUAUGGGAAUUGCAUAUGGAGGGAGCAGAAGUUGCUCUAAUCACCAUUUUAAAUUCAUACUGUCUUCCAGAGGGUGGAAUUCAGCAUCCAUUUCUUCCCCACUGUAUUUAGCACCAUGAUGGGAGGGUACAGGAUUGAGCUGCUUGUCCCAGGCACUGGGCAGGAAUUCUGCAGCCCAGGUUCCAGAGAAUAUGGGCAGCACUUGCCCACUUGCUGUAACCCCAAAUCCAGAGCAUGGGCUGGGGAGGAGCCCAGAACAGAUAAUUUUGAGAAGGUUUCCUUGGCUGCUCAGCUGCUCUGCGGUGGCAGCAGCUCUGGCUCAGAGUAGCUCCUACUAAACAUGCCACAGAGAAGAUUUCACUAGAAGGAAUGUGGGUGGCUAAGAUGCGACACAAGAAUUUGUAAAGCACCCACGUCGCUGUUUAGAGACCUAACGUGAGAUGCCCGGGGGAAAACCAGCACUUAAGGCCAGAUUUCAGCUGUGCAGCACAGUCAGCAAGGAAGGGCUGGUGGCUGCUUGGCUCCUGUUCCUAUGGUCACCUGUAGAGUCUUUCCUCUGGUUAUUCCAUUCUUCCCAUCCAGAUCAACAGCUCCAUGCAGAGGAAUUUCAGUUAAUGAGCAGUGAGUGGCAGACCAGCCCUGUACAUCAGUGGUGACUGAGGACUGAGGUCCUCUCUGUAUUGGUGUGAGGUGCUGCCAUCUACACCAGCAUGUCCACACCAGUAAAUUAAAGCUAAGGCCAGCAGACCUUGAUCAUCAGCACUGAUGGAACCAGCCCCAGUCUCCAUCCUCCACACUAAUACUUGUUUCAAUUGCCCGUUAUUGGUAGUUCUUCAGACAGAUCUUUUUUGGGGAUCUUCUGGAGUUUGUUUCAUUUUUCCCACUUAACCCAAGAAAACUGAAAACCCAUUUAAUUUUUAUUCCCUUUUUUGCACCAAGCAUUGUGUAGGACUACUGUUUUAAUUAAUAAUCAGCAUUUCAUUAGAGAACCAAGGCAGCAGAGCUCCUUUGUACCACAGGCCAUCUCUGGCAUUAGACCUUCCACAUCCCAAACCAUAUCCCAAACAAAUAAGCUUCCAUAAAAAAAAAAGUGAAACAAAACCAGCAACCAUUACCCGAGAGCCUCAUUUCUCAACUCUCAUUCUGCUCAUUUCAAUGGCCCUUCCAUCACAUCAGGAGCCUGGGAUGGGGCAAUACUUCCUUCUCCUCAGGCCAGAUUUUGCAAGCUGAAAUUCCCAGCCUGCCUAAAGAGUAAUUUGUUCCUGUCCAGAGAUGGGCUUUCCACCCCUCAGCAAAUAUCCUAAGUCGAAAACUGUUGUUUAAUUAGCACAUUUCUCUGAUUUACUGGGUCAGCAGGUCCUGCCACCUCUGCCUCCUCCUGGGUGUAGGCACUGAGCCUUGGCAGGAGUUCCUGCUGGGCAGUGCCUCUCUGCCACCAGCUCUGGCUCCUUUGGAGGUGAGCUCCUUCUCUUUCAAAGACAUCUUUCAGGAUGUCACUAGCUUUACUCAAGUCCCUGUUUCUCCCUGAUGUUUGAAAAAUAAUUACCUAUGGUUCAGUAAGUUCAUUAGCAAACUCCCUCAGGAGCCUGGGCUAUGCAUCAUCCAACCCUGCUGAUUUGUGGAUAGGCUCUAAUCAAAUGUUUCAAGUCUCCCUCUCCUUCCUCCUCCUUUCAGAUUAACAGUUAUUUUGACAAGAUUCUCAUUAUUUCCUAUUUCCUGGCGGUACCCAGGGACUAGGCUUAUUUGAGUCCUCACUGUUGUCAUUGUGAGUUUAUUUUUAACCUCAGGCUCUGCUUCUCCACAAGGACAUCAGAGUCUUGUGUUCUUCAGAAGCACGUGGCAUUGUCGGUGCCAUUUUAGUCUCAGCUCAUCCUGUGUCUUCCAGCACUCUUUGGCUUUUGCCUUUAUCGCUUUUUAUCUUUCCUCUUCCCAGUACUUCAAAAUUAGCCAAACAAAAUUACUUUGUUUUUACCAAGCCUAAAAGAUCACUAAACUUUUCCACCUUGUUAGAUAUCAUCUUCUUAGUUGCAAUUAAUUUCUCAUCUUCCCCUCUUGUUCUCCCUGCUCUCCUUUCCAGGUACAUACUCUCCAAGUCUCCCUUUUCCUUCCCAAAGCAAUCAUUCAUCAGUUGCUCUCCAAAUGGACCCAGCUGCCAGAAAAGCCACUGCCAAUCCCAUCCAGAUUAACAUCUUUAAAUUAACUUAGAAGGCAAAUUUGGCUUCCUGGCAGAUGAAAAGCAGACAACCCCAAUUUUGGGUUCCCCCCACACAGUGAGAAGGCGGCACAGAUCACACGGCAGGCCCUGCAUUGGCUUUUCCCACCCAGCUGCCUCUGCCGUGCUCUGCCAUUCCAAAUGCACACAUGGGAGCCCAGCCCCAUCUUCAUCAUGUCCUGCCACGUGCACCACUGCUCAAGAGGCCAAGGCAUGAAGAGAAAGGAAGGGGAAGAGAUGAGACCAAGGGGCAAUUUUUCUUUCAAAGAUCUUCCACACCUGGGCACCUUCCCUCUUACCAGGAGCCUAUGGACCAUGGGAUUUGCCCAGCCGCAGUAUUCUUGAUUUACACAAGGUAUCUGAAGGCAAAUACUUUCACUUUAGGAAAGCAGUAGGGUCUUUUGUGUUCUUUAGAUGCCAAAAAAGAGCUGCCCUGUCAUUCUCUCAGCUGCACAGCCACAACCUUCAGAUCUGCUUUCCCCAUGCACAACUCUGGGGUGCACAAAGAAAAGUCAGCAGGAUCUCCAGGACCCCAUGCCAGGACACAGCCAUGAAAGAGGCUGAAGCAACAGAACAUUCUUGAAGAUUUUUACCCCCCAUUUUGUAAUAUUCAUUAACAAUUAAAGAAGUAACUUGAAACAAGAGCUGAUUCCAGCUGAGGUGGUGGGAACCCCAAAUUGCUUGAAUUGGUUUUGCAUGUGCAAAGUAUUACAGGGACACACCACUCUGCUGCUUUUGCUGCAGAUCCCAUGUGUGGGCUGGAGAAGGAUCUUCCUUGGACUUUCAUCUGUUGUUAACAUUAGAGACAACACUUACCUACCUGGCAGGAACACAAAAAGGAUUAAUUUUGGGGAGAGAGAAAGGGAGAGAGAAGAGAAAUGCCCACACAGCUUUAUACAGAUAAGAACAAAA